AUGCGGGGGGGCAACUCGCCCGGCACGAAGAUCGCCGCUGCGCCCUUCCCCGGACCCGGCGUCGCCCAGGAUGGCUGGCCCAAGCCAUGGGCCGUGGCGGAGCUAGCGCCGAGCGCCCAACCCUCGCCCCCAGAGUCCCGGAGCCGGCCCCGCUCGGGGCCACGCGUCCCGCGGGCGCUGGUUCCUAAGGACGACGACAGCACCAGCUUUUCCUUUCUCCCUUCCCUUCCCUGCUCUGCACUCCUCCCCCUGCCCGCUGUUGUAGUGUGUCAGCACUUGGCUGGAGGCUUCUUGAACUUGCAGGGAGAAUAA